AUGAUCGGAGGAACAUCCAUCGGUGCUUUCAUGGGUGCCCUGUACGCCGAGGAGCGCAGCUACAACCAGAUGAGGAUCAAAGCCAGGCAGUGGGCCAUGGUCAGCUCCCGUGCGAAGGCAGCCGUGCUGCUGGGGGGCAGAACCAUCAGCCCCAGUUUGGGUCAGAUCAGCCUGCUGCCAGACUGGGUCCCGAUGCCCUUCGUGAUCCGUUACAUCGGGGGUUUGGAGGAGGAAGGGUGGUCUCUGCCGUACAGGGUGAUCCCACACCCGCAGCCCGUGCUGGACCCGGGGUGGGUUGAGGAUGGAGCGCGGAGGAGACGGGGCAGCGGGGAACCAGCAGAAGGGCCGGAUCUGUGGAUUCCGUACUUCACUAUCACAACCGACAUCACCGCCUCGGCAAUGAGGGUCCACACCGACGGCUCGCUGUGGAGGUACGUCCGCGCCAGCAUGUCCCUCUCGGGGUACAUGCCUCCCCUCUGCGACCCGAAGGAUGGGCAUCUCCUGAUGGAUGGAGGUUACAUCAACAAUCUCCCCGCCGAUGUUGCGAGGUCCAUGGGCGCCAAGGUCGUGAUCGCCAUCGACGUGGGGAGCCGGGACGAGACAGACCUCACCAACUACGGCGACUGCUUGUCUGGCUGGUGGCUGCUCUGGAAGAGGUGGAACCCGCUGGCUGAGAAAGUCAAGGUGCUGAAUAUGGCCGAGAUCCAGACGCGGCUUGCGUACGUGUGCUGUGUGCGGCAGCUGGAGAUGGUGAAGAACAGCGAUUACUGCGAGUACAUCCGGCCGCCCAUCGACCGAUACGGCACCCUGGACUUCGGGAAAUUCGAUGAAAUCUGUGAAGUGGGAUAUCAGCAUGGGAAAACCUUAUUUAAUGUCUGGUGCAGGAGUGGAGUCCUGGACAAGAUGCUGAAAGACAGGCAAGAGACCUGCAAAUCCAAAACGGACGUAAGUGUUCGCGGUAAAUGUGCUGUUCUGCAAGAGCUUCGGAACUGGAACGUGACCUGUCCCACCACCUCCUUCACGGACCUGGCAGAAAUCGUGUCCAGGAUUGAGCCUGUGAAAGCGCCCGUGGCCGACG